ACAUAGCCCAAUGCAGAUCUUAAACCACAUUCAACAAUUAUACAGCCACAAGCUCAUCAGUAUAUUCCUACCAGCUGUGACCAAAAAUGGUAUCAGUGGUGACUGAGGACGAAGAACAGACCACUCAUCUCAUCAUCAGGGGUGUGAAAACAAUAUGAAGAUUGUACUCAGCUCAAUGAAGAAGAGCCUCCUCCUCGCUUUUCUCUGUGUUUUACCGCUGUGGCUUCUUAAUGGAUGGCGCGAAGGAUUCCAGAACCUGACUGCCAUAAAUCACUCAACCUCCCAGAACUGUAGCAGCAGUAGAAACAUCACCAUCUUGCUGUGGUACUGGCCCUUUGGCAGAUCAUUCAACCUCAGUGGUGACGUGUGCUGGGAUUUCUACCGCAUCCCUCACUGUAGACUGGUGGACCAGCACUCCUUGUUCCCCUCAGCUGAUGUGGUGGUGUUCCACAACACAGAGUUAGCACUGGGCCACCAAAAGCUGCCCCUUGACCUUCCACGGCCGCAGGGCCAGAGAUGGGCCUGGAUGUCUUUGGAAGCAUUUAAGUACAAGAGAAUGUUGCGGCAGUAUGCAAAUAUCUUCAACAUGACCAUAACCUACCGGAGGGAUGCUGAUAUCACUGUACCUUAUGGUGAGCUUGUACCAAAGGAGGCUGAAGGACCUCUUGUGGAAGAGGUCCCUCUGAAUAAGAGCUUCCUGGUUUGUUGGGUGGUCAGCAACUACAUGACACACCACAAAAGAAGCAAAUUGUACAAAGAGCUCAAAGCCACAGUUCCGGUGAAGGUUUAUGGUCGUUGGACAAACACACCCCUUCACUCCAGCGCUCUCUUACCUACAAUUUCUCGCUGCUACUUCUAUUUGGCUUUUGAGAACUCAGUCGCCAAAGAUUACAUCACAGAGAAGCUGUGGAGGAAUGCUUACCAAGGCGGGGCUGUUCCUGUUGUCCUCGGAGCAUCAUUAGGCGACUACAAAGCUGUGGCUCCACCUCAUUCGUUCAUCCAUGUUGAUGAGUUUGCAUCGCUCAAAGAUCUAGGAAAGUAUCUACAACAGCUUGCAGAAGACAAAAAACGCUACAGUGAAUAUUUUUCGUGGAAACAUGAGUGGAGAGUAAAGCUGUACACAGACUGGAGGGAGAGACUGUGCAAGAUCUGCUCACAGUACAACGGUUUACCACAGGAGAAAGUUUACUCCAACUUAGAAGCCUGGGUUAAUGCUAAUAACACAUGAGCUUGCAUAGUUAUGAUUAAUGUAUCACUUACCCCCUUUUUAACCAAUUAGCAUCAUUGAGAUUUAGGAAACCCUGGCCAAGGACACUGUGGAAAGUACAGUAUAUGCACACAACUAACAUGCUUUAAAUGUCCCAUGGCAUGGGUAUCCUGCUCUGCCUUUGAGCAAAUUAAAGCUCAGAUGGGCAUCUGGAGCUUUGGAGCUCUGGAAUCUUUUGGAACCAUAUGACCUCAUAAGGGGCAAGGUUACCUCCCCUUUUUCUGCUACACCUGCCUAGAGAAUUUGGCCCACCCAUGAGAGAGACAUCAUGGCUUUCAAACGAGCAAAACGGAAGUUGGUCUAGGCCACACCCCGAGCCUCCACAAAUGGCACACUCUAAGGAAAGCUCAUUGUGGGACUGGCUCUAGUGGCUGUAUUUCUGCACCAAGGCGGAAUUCUGGGAAAGAGACUAUAUAGUAUUAGGGGGCCACUAAGGUCUAUAUAAAAGCAUCCAAAGAGCACCAUAUCAUGUGUUCUUUAACUACCAUCAAUUCAUUUUAAGAACAAUAACAAAGUCAAUUGUAGCUCUACCACUGAUAUCCGUGGCAGCCCCAAACAAACACCCGAUUGCUCUAGCAUUAAAAGAAUAGUGUGACAUUUUUGGAAAACGCAAAUUUUUUUUUUUACCAUGCGUUAGCUAGAUGAGAAGAUUGAUAAUGUUACCCCUCUGUCUGCCCUAUAAAUACAAAGCCACGGCCAUUAGCCAGCUAAUUUAUCCUAACGCACAGACUAACAUGUGGAAACAGGUCUCCUGGCAGUCCAAACUCAUGAAAUAUAACGUGUUAAAUUGUGGUAACAAUGACAGCCACAAGCUUUAUGCUAAGCAAACCGGAUGUAGCUUCACAUUUCUCAUACAGAUUUAAGAAUAGUAUCAAUCUUCUCAACUAGCUUUCCGCUAAAAAGCAAAGAAGUGUAUUUUCAAUAAAGUUGACAAUUUCUUGUAAAUUUAACUUAAGUGUAUAGUCCAGUCCACUUUGAGGGCACUGACAUAAACGUAUACCGUGCAAUAAGUCCCAGCCAACAUGUACUGUACAGACACCCAACGCACAAACGUUACUGUAAACGACACAGACAGUCUGAUGUAAUUUUGUUGAAGUAGGCUCCAUCCAUUAGACUUCCGAGUGGUCUCUUCGGUUGACACAGUGGCCAAG